AUGCGCAACACCCUUCUCAUCGCUUCUGCUUUCGGCGGCUUGGUUGCUGCCCUACCCCAGAAGAUCAACAUUGCAGCUGCUGAGGCCGUCCCAAUACCUGCCAUCCUGGGCCCCAACCCCACGAAGACUGCUGAGACAAGUACUUACAACCAAGCCGCUGCUACCAAAGCCGCAUUUGCAGCAGUUGUCAAUGCUGGUGCCAUCGUCAAGGGCACUGGACCUGGAGCUGGAAAGCGUGAUGUCAACGUCAACGACGCCUGUGCACUACAGCCUGGAGGUGCUGGAUCAGUCCCAGAAGACGACUCUGUUGAUGGUUACCUCGCCUCUACAAACUCCCUAAGGAAGGCUGCUCGUGAAGCCAGCACUCCCUCCGGCUACACCAAGUCUUUCACUGAUCUCACUGGAUCCACUGAGCAGAUUGGUUACAUGACCUACAAGAACAUCGAGGACGGCACAUACAACGUGGACCAAUGCGCUGCCUUCUGCGACAGUGAGAAGUUCUGUCUUGGUUUCAACAUCUUCGCCGAGCGUGAUCCCAAGUACAAUCCUGCACCCGACUGCACCAACCCUCAGCCCAUCACCAACAUCAAGUGCUCCCUCUACGGAUACCCCGUCACUGCCAAGACGGCCACCAACCAGGGUCAAUGGCGUGAACAAUUCCACGUAGUCAUCACCGCCAGCAACGGAUACUCCAAGCUCGACGGAUCUGCUUGCAAGCCCGUCCCUACUGUCGCUGGGUUCAACGCCCCUGCCAACCUCCCUGCUGCCAUCAACGCUCCUCUUAUCACCAAGGACGGCUCAGAAUACGACACCUACAAUGGCAUGCGUCUUUUCAACACCAACCCAUACGACCCUUCUCUGUGCGCCGCUGCUUGCCAGGCCCAGACCAACUUCGACAAGAACCACCUCGCCAACGCCAAGGGCGAGUACAAGCCUUGCAACUUCUUCACCUCCUACAUCCUGACUAAGAACGGCGUUCCCCUCGGUACUUACUGCGCUUUGUACACUCAGGCUUGGGGCGCCGACAAGGCUGUCAACACUGGCUACUUUGACGGUGACGACACCUACUCUGUCAUCUGCGCCGCCAGCUACACUGCUACUACCCUGGACAGCGGUGUCCUUCCCUCUGCGCCUGCGCCUGCUGGUCGCUCUUAGAGCAUAUAAUGAGUUUGUUUGAUGACGGAAUGAGGUGGAAGUUUUAAUUCUUUUCUGAGAAGUAGUAGAUUUAGUAGAUUCGGUUUUUGGAGGGUAAUGAUACAAUUUAUCACCUAAACAUAAAACUCAUUCUAAUGCCUUC